CCUGGUAAAUAUGUCUUGGUACCUUUUUCAGGUUCACUACUGUUAGAGUCGAAGAUAAAUCCAAAUACUGCAUAUCAAAAACAACAGGAUACCUUGAUUGUUUGGUCAGAAGCAGAGAAUUAUGAUCUAGCACUGAGUUUUCAAGAAAAAGCUGGCUGUGAUGAAAUUUGGGAAAAAAUCUGCCAGGUUCAAGGUAAGGAUCCUUCAGUGGAAGUCACACAGGACCUUAUUGAGUCAGAAGAGGAGCACAUAGAAGAAAUGCCUGAAACCAGUCCUUUAAUCGACCUUCCUGCUUGUGAACUCAACAAACUUGAAGAGAUUGCUGACCUAGUUACCUCUGUUCUCUCCUCGCCCAUCCGUAGAGAAAAGUUAGCACUGGCCUUAGAGAAUGAGGGCUACAUUAAAAAACUCUUGCAACUUUUCCAAGUCUGUGAGAAUUUAGAGAACACAGAAGGCUUACAUCAUUUGUAUGAAAUUAUCAGAGGAAUUUUGUUCCUCAAUAAAGCAACUCUGUUUGAGGUGAUGUUUUCUGAUGAGUGUAUUAUGGAUGUUGUUGGAUGCCUUGAGUAUGAUCCUUCUUUGGCUCAGCCAAAACGGCACAGGGAGUUCUUGACCAAAACAGCAAAAUUUAAGGAGGUUAUUCCUAUAACAGACUCUGAACUCAGGCAAAAAAUCCACCAGACUUACAGGGUACAGUAUAUACAGGACAUCAUCUUGCCGACACCAUCUGUUUUUGAAGAGAAUUUUCUUUCUACCCUCACUUCCUUUAUUUUCUUCAACAAGGUUGAGAUUGUCAGUAUGUUGCAGGAAGACGAGAAAUUUUUGUCCGAAGUUUUUGCACAGUUAACAGAUGAGGCUACAGAUGAUGAUAAACGAUGUGAACUGGUUAACUUUUUCAAGGAAUUCUGUGCAUUUUCUCAGACAUUACAACCUCAGAACAGAGAUGCAUUUUUCAAAACACUAGCAAAAUUGGGAAUCCUUCCUGCUCUUGAAAUUGUAAUGGGAUUGGACGAUUUGCAAGUUAGAUCUGCUGCUACAGAUAUAUUUUCUUAUCUGGUAGAGUUUAGUCCAUCUAUGGUCCGAGAAUUUGUAAUGCAAGAGGCCCAACAGAGUGAUGAUGAUAUCCUCCUCAUCAAUGUGGUCAUUGAGCAGAUGAUCUGCGAUACUGAUCCUGAGCUUGGGGGAGCUGUUCAGUUAAUGGGGCUCUUACGUACUCUGAUAGAUCCAGAGAAUAUGUUGGCCACAGCUAAUAAAACAGAAAAAAGUGAAUUUCUCAAUUUCUUCUACAACCAUUGUAUGCAUGUUCUUACUGCACCGCUUCUGGCUAAUACAUCAGAAGAUAAAUGUGAAAAAGAUGCAGUAGUUGGGUCUACUAAGAGUAAUACAAUUUGUCCUGAUAAUUAUCAAACGGCACAACUACUUGCCUUAAUUUUGGAGCUGCUCACUUUCUGUGUGGAACAUCACACAUAUCACAUCAAAAAUUAUAUUAUGAACAAAGAUUUGUUAAGAAGAGUAUUGGUUUUGAUGAAUUCAAAACACACCUUUUUGGCCCUGUGUGCUCUUCGCUUUAUGAGGAGGAUAAUUGGCCUAAAAGAUGAAUUUUAUAACCGUUAUAUCACCAAGGGAAAUUUGUUUGAACCAGUUAUAAAUGCUCUUUUGGAUAAUGGAACUAGGUACAAUCUGCUCAACUCUGCUGUGAUUGAACUAUUUGAAUUCAUCAGAGUGGAAGAUAUCAAGUCACUUAUUGCACAUAUAGUUGAAAACUUUUAUAAUGCACUUGAAUCUAUCGAAUAUGUUCAGACAUUCAAGGGAUUGAAGACAAAAUAUGAGCAAGAAAAGGAUCGACAAAACCAGAAACUGAACAGUGUCCCAUCUAUAUUGCGUAGCAAUAGAUUUCGCAGAGAUGCCAGAGCCUUAGAGGAAGAUGAAGAAAUGUGGUUCAAUGAAGAUGAAGAGGAAGAAGGUGAAGCUGUUGUACCUCCAGUUGAAAAAUCAAAACCAGAGGAUGAUUUUCCAGAUAGCUAUGAAAAAUUUAUGGAUACUAAGAAAGCUAAAGAGAGUGAAGACAAAGAGAAUCUUCCAAAAAGGACUUCCGCUGGGGGAUUCAAAUUCACUUUUUCCCACUCUGCCAGCGCAGCUAAUGGUGCAAACAGUGCGAACAGCAAAUCUGUGGCAGCUCAGACGUCACCAGCGAGCUCCAACGGCUCCUCUUCCAAGAACGCCACCCUGCCCACGGCCGUGGCGGCCGCCAAGGGAAGUCUGGUUGGCCUAGUGGAUUAUCCUGAUGAUGAAGAUGAUGAUGAAGAGGAGGAGACAUCUCCAAGGAAAAGACCUCGUCUGGGUUCAUAAAAGAAACCAAAACUUUGGAAUAAACUUUUAUUAUGGGGUUUCAAAUGCUGCAACUGUUAAGAGCUAAAAAGAACCUGAUUCAGAAAGCUUUUUCCCACGAGUAUUUAAGAUAAUACAAGGAGUAGCAAAAGAAACUCAGUAUAUCAACUAGAAAGGGUUAGUUCUGUAAACACAAGGCUUCCAAGAACUUGAUAUCUUUCUAGUAAAUAAGGAGUCUGCCAUUCAGGCUGUCAAAAUAAAUUUUUAAAAUUUAAAAAAAAG